AUGAGCCGAAUGACCAAUGUGAGGACAUGUCAGUCAGAGCUCUCACAAAACUAUUCAUCUCAUCUGCCGCAGAAACCUGUAGUGGGAUGCACUUCUCUGCUGAUGCUGGGGGACAAGAAUAGUUUUAGAUCCCUUAAGCCUGAAAUGAUGUAUGCAGGCAUUUUGAGGGGAGUUGGAAGAGGCGAGUCCGGUCUCAAAAUAGAGGUAAAACCGCCGCCCGGUCGCCCCCAGCCCGACUCCGGCCGUCGCCGCCGCCGGCGGGAGGAGGGCCAUGAUUCAAAGGAACCAGAGCAGUUAAGAAAACUGUUUAUUGGAGGUUUGAGCUUUGAAACUACAGAUGAUAGUUUAAGAGAACAUUUUGAGAAAUGUUCUCUUACAGAUUGUGUGGUGAUGAGAGACCCCCAAACAAAACGUUCCAGAGGCUUUGGUUUUGUGACUUACUCAUGUGUUGAAGAGGUGGAUGCAGCUAUGUGUGCUCGACCCCAUAAGGUUGAUGGGCGUGUAGUGGAACCAAAGAGAGCUGUUUCUAGAGAGGAUUCUGUGAAGCCUGGUGCCCAUCUAACAGUGAAGAAAAUUUUUGUUGGUGGUAUUAAAGAAGAUACAGAGGAAUAUAAUUUGAGAGACUACUUUGAAAAGUAUGGCAAAAUUGAAACCAUAGAAGUUAUGGUAAACAGGCAGAGUGGGAAAAAGAGAGGAUUUGCUUUUGUAACUUUUGAUGAUCAUGAUACAGUUGAUAAAAUUGUUGUUCAGAAAUACCACACUAUUAAUGGGCAUAAUUGUGAAGUGAAAAAGGCCAUUUCUAAACAAGAAAUGCAGUCUGCUGGAUCACAAAGAGGUCGUGGAGGUGGAUCUGGCAACUUUAUGGGUCGUGGAGGCAAUUUUGGAGGUGGUGGAGGAAACUUUGGCCGUGGUGGAAACUUUGGUGGAAGAGGAGGCUAUGGUGGUGGCGGUGGUGGCAGCAGAGGUAGUUAUGGAGGAGGUGAUGGUGGAUAUAAUGGAUUUGGAGGUGAUGGUGGCAACUAUGGUGGAGGUCCUGGUUAUAGUAGUAGAGGAGGCUAUGGUGGUGGAGGACCAGGAUAUGGAAACCAAGGUGGUGGAUAUGGUGGAGGUGGUGGAGGAUAUGAUGGUUACAAUGAAGGAGGAAAUUUUGGCGGUGGUAACUAUGGUGGUGGUGGGAACUAUAAUGAUUUUGGAAAUUAUAGUGGACAACAGCAAUCAAAUUAUGGACCCAUGAAAAGGGGCAGUUUUGGUGGAAGAAGCUCGGGCAGUCCCUAUGGUGGUGGUUAUGGAUCUGGUGGUGGAAGUGGUGCUGGCUAUGGUAGCAGAAGGUUCUAAAAACUCAGCAGAAAAGGGCUACAGUUCUUAGCAGGAGAGAGAGCGAGGAGUUGUCAGGAAAGCUGCAGGUUACUUUGAGACAGUCGUCCCAAAUCCAUUAGAGGAACUGUAAAAAUCUGCCACAGAAGGAGCGAUGAUCCAUAGUCAGAAAAGUUACUGCAGCUUAAACAGGAAACCCUUCUUGUUCAGGACUGUCAUAGCCACAGUUUGCAAAAGUGCAGAUAUUGAUUAAUGCAACGUAGUGUCAAUUAGAUGUACAUUCCUGAGGUCUUUUAUCUGUUGUAGCUUUUUCUUUUUCUUUUUCUUUUCAUUAUAUCAGGUAUAUUGCCCUAUAAAUUGUGGUAGUGGUACCAGGAAUAAAAAAUUAAGGAAUUUUUAACUUUUCAAUAUUUGUGUAGUUCAGUUUUUCUACAUUUUAGUACAGAAACUUUAACAAAAUGCAGUUUUGGAGGUGUUUCCUUGUAAGUUAACAAGUAAAGAAGAUCAUUGUUAAUUACUAUU